CAAAGCCAGAAUUUACGGACUGGACGAGGGAGGACAGCAACAUGGCGGUCUCCUUGCGCCUGGGUCGUCAGGGAGCUCUGCUUGGGCUCAGAUUCAACCAAUUUAAAAAAUCAAUAUGUCCCACACAUUAUUUCCAGGACCGAGUUCGACAGUUUUUUCAUUCACCAUGGGCGCUUGGUGUCACUCCACUCAAAGUGCAAAUGCCAGCUCUCUCCCCCACCAUGGAGGAAGGGAACAUUGUUAAAUGGCUUAAAAAAGAAGGUGAGACCGUGGAAGCAGGUGAUGCUCUCUGUGAGAUCGAGACUGAUAAGGCUGUGGUUACCAUGGAAUCCAGCGACGAUGGGAUCCUGGCAAAGAUACUGAUGGAAGAGGGCAGUCGCAAUGUGCCCCUUGGCACUCUCAUUGCCCUUCUGGUGGAGGAAGGACAAGACUGGAAGCAGGUUGAGGUCCCCUCACCAGAUUCUCCAUCUGCAGCUCCCACGAUUCCCCAUGAACCCACUGGCUCCUCUGUGACCCCCGCAUCUCCUCCUCUUUUACCCAAACCUGCGACGUCAGGGCCGUUACGUUUAAGUCCAGCAGCACGACACAUUCUCAACACCCAUGGUAUUAACCCAAAACUGGCCACACCCUCUGGACCAAGAGGACUCAUUACAAAAGAAGAUGCAUUGAAUCUUUUAAAGGCGUCCCCUCCACCCAAAGCAACACCAGUUGUUGCCACGGCAACUGUCCCAACUCCUGUUCAGAGACCCACCCACACCCCCACAGGUCCCCCACCACCUCCAGGCAGCAGACCGAACAUCCCCCCUCUGUCUGUACCAGGGAAGCCCGGAGCACCAGGAACCUUCACAGAAGUCCCAGCCACAAACGUGCGGCGUGUGAUCGCUCAAAGACUGACCCAAUCAAAGACCACCAUCCCACAUGCAUACGCCUCCAUAGACUGUGACAUGGCUGCCGUCAUUAAGCUCCGUAAAGAUCUGGCCAAAGAGCAAAUCAAAGUGUCUGUCAAUGAUUUUAUUAUCAAAGCAGCCGCUGUUACUCUAAAACAAAUGCCAGAGGUGAAUGUGACUUGGUCUGGUGAUGGACCCCAUGCGCUCGAUUCAGUCCACAUCUCGAUUGCUGUGGCGACGGACCGAGGCCUCAUCACUCCUAUUAUCAGGGAUGCAGCUAACAAAGGGGUGCAGGAGAUCUCAGCUCAAGCUAAGGCACUGGCUCAAAAAGCUCGAGAUGGCAAACUUCUUCCUGAGGAAUACCAAGGAGGCUCGUUCAGCAUAUCUAACCUGGGCAUGUUUGGAAUCAGCGGCUUCAGUGCCGUCAUCAACCCUCCUCAGGCUUGCAUCCUGGCUGUCGGGACCUCCCGGGCUGAGCUGCAGCUGAAGGAAGAGGAUCAGACCGUGCACACGCGGCAGCUCAUGACAGUAACCAUGUCCAGCGACGGACGACUUGUGGAUGACGAGUUAGCGUCUCGGUUUCUUGAUCAAUUUCGUGCCAAUCUAGAACAACCACAGCGUAUGGCCCUCGCUUAAAAAAAAAACAAAAAAAAACAAAGAUGAGGGGAAAGAUAAGAGAAAAUUUGAAAAGGUCUCAAGCUAUGUCUUUUGACAAGCAAGGAGCUGAAACAGUUUGUGUCUGUCCUUUCUUUAAGGCUUUAAAUAAGGUUGUGUACAUACUGUGAACUUAAGUUUGUGGCCUCUCUGCUUAUUGUCCGCAAGUUUUUGGAGUGGAAAUGGAUUUCUCCCUAAAUUUAAAGGGCUUGUGCAGUGGUUCCACAUUCUACCAUGAAAGAUAAGACGGCAAAUGUGAUCCAUCACACGGGUGUUGUGUAUAUAAAGAAGUAAUUCUUCAAUUUCCAGGUCAGACUUCAUGAAAGUUGUUUCACUAAACGUAAACGUGAAAUUGGUGAAGUCUCCUCAUGUAAAUUUGUGAGAUAUUUAUUAUUUAACAUAAGUGACACUGCAGGUAAAAUCCAUGUAAAGCAGCAUUUAUUGUUGCUCAUUAUAAAAGUAAACUUAGUAUGUGAACAAAUUUAUAAAUUUAUUCAGAAUCACACAUAAAGAAACAUCUCCUUCUGGUCCACAUGUAUACAUCAGGUUUGGUUUUGUUGUCUUAAACUCUGUCCAAGCAAUAAAAGUCCUGUUCAACCAUCUGA